ACGGCGCCCGGCGCGCCCCCGGAAUGGCGGCGGUGCGGGCGCUGUGGGUGGCAGCGCGGCAGCGGCCGGGGCUCGGCCCCGCGGGGCUCAGGGCGCUGUGGGGCGGCAGCAGCAGGAAGGAGGUAAGAGAAGUGAAAGCAGACGGAGCAGUUCCUGAGAAGGAGGAGAGGAGUGAGCCCAGCCUGAUCCACCCUCCGCCCCGCCGCCGGAGCUACAUCCCGCCCGAGGACCUGCAGAGCUGACUGGAGUCCCACAUCAGGGAGGUCUUCAGGCCCUCUGUUCCCGAGGACUGGCAGCAGGCUCCCCUGCAGGAGAACCGUCUGAAGCACCGCCUGCUGGCCCGGCUGGCGGUGGAGCUGGGACACGCCGUGCCCAACUUGCAGCUGCACCGCAUGCGCCACGCCGGGGACGUGCUGGGUUUCUAUCGCACCCCCGUCAGGGACCGCACCAAGAUUGAUGAACUCGCGGCCGCAGAGCUGCCCUCAAACCUGAAAAUCAUCUGGCAGCAGUGAGUCCCCCCAUGCAGGAUCCCUGUGCCUGGCUGGUGCUGCAGGGCAGCAGCAGAGCCCUCUGGUUGGUCUGACAUCUGUGAAUUUCAGUAAUAGAAGUUCACUGAAAUCACUCAGUAAUGGUGAAGUCUCCAACAGCACUGUAAAAUCAGCUGCUAUCAGGCAUCUUGUUGAAUUCUCCAAUGUCUGUUAAGGGCCCUGGUUUUUAAGUUCUUUUGCUGUGUUAGUUUUUCUUCCCAUCUAAGUGAUGAUGCAGGUCUGCUUUAAUCGAAGGAGGCAAGCAGUGAAGUCAAGAGGACAAGAAAAUAAACAGUCGGAGAAAUGCAUAGUACUUUAUGAGUGUUUUCUAUAAAACAAGUUUUUUACAAACAA